GCAAAGAUGAUUUUGGUUCCAACAUAUCCACCCUGUUCAUCCGUGACUGCUAUCUCCAUCUGUCCGAGAUCAUUUUUGGGAAUGUCAAUAUCUUUCGUUGGCGUAUUACUGGCAACCCGGGAAUUGGAAAAACCUUCCUCGGUUAUUACCUACUUUAUCAGCUUGCAAAGCAAAAUAGAACAAUAAUAUACCACCAAAACGGCAGGUCUCCGAUUCUUUUCAGCGAUAAGAAAGUUUUAACUACAAAUGAUACUUACAAUUUUAGAGAUUACUUGGGAAGAGAAGAAGUUUGGUAUAUCGUGGAUGCAUUGGAGCCGAUGCAAUGUCGUGCAAAAACAAUUCUUGUCUGUUCGCCCCAGAAAAAGUACUAUAAAAUGUUCGAUCAACUUGGGAUAGAUAUACGGUACAUGCCGGUGUGGUCUUUAGCUGAGCUCAAUUUAUGCAGAGAUAAUAUUAGGCUUUUCCAACAUCUUACUCAAAAAACAGUUCGGGAAUU